CACCAUUCCGUUUUGGUUAGACUUCUAUUUAUGCUCUCUCUCUUUCUCUCUAUUUACGGUGCCGAUCAGAGACCAUCUCUUUCUCUCUCUCAAAACGAGAAGUCUAGGGUUUGUAGAGGAGGUAGCAAAAGAUGGCAGAUGCUGAGGACAUUCAGCCACUUGUUUGUGAUAAUGGGACAGGAAUGGUGAAGGCGGGAUUUGCUGGAGAUGAUGCUCCGCGGGCCGUUUUCCCUAGCAUUGUUGGACGCCCUCGUCACACUGGUGUGAUGGUUGGCAUGGGCCAAAAAGAUGCAUAUGUUGGAGAUGAGGCACAGUCGAAGCGUGGUAUCCUAACUUUGAAAUACCCUAUUGAGCAUGGUAUUGUAAGUAAUUGGGAUGAUAUGGAGAAGAUAUGGCAUCACACAUUCUACAAUGAGCUCCGUGUUGCACCAGAAGAGCACCCUGUUCUCUUGACUGAAGCACCUCUCAAUCCCAAGGCUAAUCGUGAGAAGAUGACUCAAAUCAUGUUCGAGACCUUCAACACUCCUGCUAUGUAUGUUGCCAUCCAAGCUGUUCUUUCCCUGUAUGCGAGUGGUCGGACAACUGGUAUUGUGCUGGAUUCUGGUGAUGGUGUCAGUCAUACAGUCCCUAUAUAUGAGGGAUAUGCCCUCCCUCAUGCCAUCCUUCGGCUUGAUUUGGCUGGACGUGAUCUCACAGAUUCUUUGAUGAAAAUCCUCACUGAGCGUGGCUACUCUUUCACCACUACAGCUGAGCGUGAAAUUGUUAGGGACAUGAAGGAAAAGCUGGCUUACAUUGCCCUCGACUAUGAACAGGAGCUAGAGACAUCCAAAACUAGCUCUGCAGUUGAGAAAAGCUACGAACUGCCUGAUGGACAGGUGAUCACCAUUGGUGCUGAACGCUUCCGGUGCCCCGAGGUCCUUUUCCAGCCUUCAAUGAUUGGAAUGGAGGCAGCAGGAAUACAUGAGACCACAUACAACUCGAUUAUGAAGUGUGAUGUCGACAUCAGGAAAGACCUGUAUGGCAACAUCGUGCUCAGUGGUGGUUCGACCAUGUUCCCGGGAAUUGCUGACAGAAUGAGCAAAGAAAUCACAGCCCUAGCUCCGAGCAGUAUGAAGAUCAAGGUUGUGGCACCACCGGAGAGGAAGUACAGUGUAUGGAUUGGAGGCUCCAUUUUGGCUUCCCUCAGCACCUUCCAGCAGAUGUGGAUUGCAAAGGCCGAGUAUGAUGAAUCUGGGCCAUCAAUCGUCCACAGGAAAUGCUUCUAAAUGUGCAAGGACGGGAUUGUCAAACAAUUCGGUACCUUUUACUUGGAAAGAAACACAAGCUUGCAGCCUUUUAUUCUAGCUUUGUUUUCCAUGUUUGUUAUUCUCAUGUUGGGUUCACGAAUUUUAGAGGGCGAGAGUUGAUUGCCAGAAAUGUCUCAUUCUUUCAUUUUUAUUUUAUUCUGGAAGUUUUCAACUGUUGUCGUGCUACUACAUUUGUAGCUUUACCUUUUUUCCAAGGCAAUGAUGGGUAUGGUUUUAAAGAA